AUGUUCAGAUUAACUCUCCUUUCGGCUCUUCUUGUUGCUUCCUACGCACAAUAUGCCAGCAGACCUAGUACCGCCAUGUCUCAAGACAGUAUCCCUGCUUGGUAUCAAAUGUCCAAACAAGCAGCUUCUCCAUCAUACCCUUCUUUUGAAAGAAGAGAUCAGUUUGAGAGACUUGACCGUCAACCUGCUGUCCCUCAACAUACCAACAGCUAUUCCGGAUACCCCUCGUAUAACACUAUUCGUUCGGGAUCAACUUACACUGACAGUCAACUUCCGGGACAAAUGCCCUCAGUCAUGCCCGCUGGGCCAAAUCAAGGCAGCCGUCGUUACCCAUCUGGAUCUACUCAAGAUGUAAGUGCUCGAACUUAUGCUAUGAGAAACAAGUACGACCGAUAUGGAAGAACAGAUGCAAGUUCUGAAAAUGAGAAUCUGUCAUCUGUAUCGUACUCUCUUUUAAAAAGUGUUCCUCCAAAUUGGGAAAAAAUUUACGAGACAACACGAUCCUUGUACUAUUUGAACAAGGUAGUCGGUCUGAAGACACUUAGCAAUUGGAUUUUCUCAUGA